UUGUGUUAUAAAAUUGGCACCUGGAUGCGCAUUUCCUAUCAGUUUGCAAACGACCAGUCGCGCAGCGUGAUCAAGUUGAAAUAUUUCGCGCGAUACAGCAGUGGUGGGAUUUUGCAAAAAGUGUGCCGUUUUUAGAUGUUCAAAAUCGGUCGCAAGCACUUGGUGACUUUGUCAAUGUGAUAAUGAAAUGUUAUUUGUGCAAUAAAAGGAGCAUUUCGGAGUUAAGUGAUACGAAAACGUGCUAAAUAGUGACUGGUGACUGAAUUGGAAACGGAAACAAAAAGUUCGAUAAAAACAGUUGCGAAAAGUUUAGUCAUAAACCCGGAUUUUUAGAUUCUCCCAAUCGAUUUAAGGAACCGCAAUCCGAAACCAACCAUUGCAAUUGUGGUUCGUAGCACAUCACACGGAAGUGUAGAAACACCAGCACCUGGUGAAGAAGGUGCAAUAUGAAUUUUAAAAAUUAUUUCGUUGCCUCCGAUCACCGAGAGCGUGUGUAAAGUGAUAUAGUUUAGCAAAUAGCGAAACAUCAACACAAGGUGAAAAAACCCUCACAUGGUGAAGGCGACAGUGAAUUUCCCCGAAGGUAGAAGUCAGUAGUGCAAUAUAGUUCCGUCACAUUUUUCAAGGAUAUCAAAGUAGGAAUCGAAUUCAUCAAAAUGGUGCUGAAUCCGCUGGUACAUUUAAUCAAAACUGUGGAUGGAAUCCCGACUCGCUUCAAUGUGGCCAUAAUGCUUUUCAUGUCGUGCUUUAUCAGCUACAUGCUGCGUGUCAACAUGUCAGUCAAUAUUCUGGCGAUGGUCUAUCCAACCCCGAGCAGCUCACGAUUAACCGCUCCGGUAACCAAUGGUUCCGAAUUCGACUAUAAUGUCACAGCCUCUAACAACCCGGUUCCUGAGAUGAUGGACUACGGUCCCCGCUACAACUGGACAUCGCACGAUCAAAGCUUACUUUUGGGGGCCUACUUCUACGGGUAUUUAUUGACGUCGCUUCCCGCCGGUGUCCUGGCGGAACGGUUCGGUGGACGACGAUUGGUCGGCUACACGCUUUCGUUCAGUGCCUUCCUAACAGCACUUACCCCACUGGCAGCCACCUACGGUCUGUGGGUCAUUGUAGCGAAUCGUGCACUGCUGGGAAUAUGCGGGGGUGUACUCUAUCCAGCGCUGCACAAUCUUGUCUCCAAGUGGGCUCCUCCGAACGAGAAAGGUAAAUUCAUCUCUGCCCUGAUGGGUGGCACGUUUGGUACCGUCGUAACCUGGCCUCUGGUCGGUGUCCUCAUUGAAUCCUUCGGCUGGUCAUUUGCCUUCUACGUUCCAGCGGUGCUAACGGCCAUCGUGGCCUCUUUUUGGCUCAUUUUGGUAGCCGAUUCCCCCGCUCAGCACCCACGCAUCAGCCAAGAAGAACGGGAUUUCAUUGAGAAGUCACUUGGUGAUACGGUUUCCAAGCAAAACCUGCUUCCACCGAUUGUGAAAAUUAUUAGCUCAGUGCCUUUCCUAGCUUUACUAGUACUGCAUUUUGGCAACCUCUGGGGACUCUACUUCCUAAUUACCGCAGCGCCGAAAUUCAUGAGUGAGGUUCUCGGAUUCAAACUUGCCAAGGCAGGUUUCCUGGCUGCUCUGCCAUACCUUGCCCGAGCAUUGGCUGCAUUUGGCUUCGGUAGCAUCGGAGACUAUCUGAGAAAGAAAUCCGUGUUCGGCGUAACCACGAUCCGCAAGUCGUUCUGCCUAUUCUCUCACAUAAUCCCCGGACUGUUCCUCAUUGGGCUUAUAUAUGCCGGUUUCGAUCCGUACAUGUGUGUCGCCAUAAUCACCCUCUCGUUGGGCUUCAACGGCGCCUCAACUAUGACGAAUCUGCAGAACUCCCAGGAUCUGGCUCCGAACUUUGCCGGUACCCUGUAUGGCAUAAUUAACUUCGUCGGAACGACCAGCGGCUUCAUCACACCGAUGCUGGUAGCACAUUUCACCGCUGAACGCAGCACCAUGGACGAGUGGAGGUACGUCUUUGCCAUCGGCGCCGCGGCCUACAUCAUUCCGGCAUUGCUGUUCGUCCUGUUUGGCUCCGCCGCCGUUCAAAAGUGGAACGAACCCAAUCAGCACGAACACCAGAAACGUGAAGCCAGGGUACAAGAAACCUUCUAAGACCGCAACCUGACGGUCCACUGCAGGACUGCUCCUCGCAUGUUGGUUACAAUUACAACAGAGAGCCACGCAAACACAGCGCUGAGGGCGCUUUCUGUAAAUAUAGCUGUUUAACAGAUUAGGAAAUACAAACUAGCAGGAAUCUCAUUUCUAAUGAUAGUCAACUAGCGGUUAGGUGAUCAAACAAGAAGUAUUAUUAGCUAGGGUUAUAAAUAUCACAAAUUGGUGCAUAAUUUCUCUGAAUUCAACUACUGCCAGCUUGUGCAACCGGAGAAAGCAAGAUACGGAUAGCAUAUUUAUGUAACUAAUGGUUUAUAUGACGGCAGGGAAAAUAAUAAAACAAAUCAUUGAAAUUGA